AGGCGACUUUUAAAAAGCAUCGGCAGCCCGUGAUAUGACGACUUCGCUGGUCCUGCAUCCACGCUGGGCGGACACCUUGAUGUACGUGUAUGAAAAAAGUCCGAAUGAAAAUAAUCAAAAUAAAAGCCAAAUUAUGGAAGGAUUGAGCGGGAAUUGCCCUGCGACUCAUUGCAGGGAACUGAUUUCCCACCCCGCGCUGGGGCGACAUUCCGGCACCAUAGCGACUCACCAGGGAUCCGUGUACUCGGAUAUAUCUUCCCCUGAAACUGGGCGACAGUGUCCCGCUCCUCAGACGUCAUCUAGCGCUUCUCUGAGUUACGGCUACCCCUUUGGAAACCCUUACUAUGGUUGCAGAUUAUCUCAUUCGCACAAUGUGAACUUGCAGCAGAAACCAUGUUCAUACCAUCCCGCAGAAAAAUAUGCCGAGACGAGCAGCGCUUUGCCCACAGAGGAGCUCUCCAGCCGGGCAAAAGAGUUUGCUUUCUAUCCGAGUUUUGCCAGCUCUUACCAGGCUGUUCCAGGAUAUCUAGAUAUGUCGGUGGUUCCGAGUAUUAGCGCUCAUCCCGAGCCACGUCACGAUGCAUUGAUCCCCAUGGAGGGCUAUCAACACUGGGCUCUCUCGAAUGGCUGGGAUGGGCAGGUGUACUGUUCAAAGGAGCAAACACAGUCUUCUCAUCUUUGGAAAUCUCCCUUUCCAGAUGUUGUUCCGUUGCAGCCAGAAGUCAGCAGUUAUCGACGUGGGCGCAAAAAGCGUGUUCCCUACACCAAGAUACAACUGAAAGAACUAGAAAAAGAGUAUGCAGCAAGCAAGUUUAUCACCAAAGACAAGAGACGACGCAUUUCUGCGACAACCAACCUCUCAGAACGUCAAGUUACUAUUUGGUUCCAGAACCGCAGAGUGAAGGAAAAAAAGUUCGUCAGUAAAUCAAAGACUAAUAAUCACAUGCAUACUUGAUGUAUGUAUCGAACAUUUUGUUCGCCAGCUUAUAUCCUUCCGUCCAGAACGUCUGAUAUUUACUUCCGUUCAGCAAUCAUCCGGGCAGUCCCAAGCCUAACCUGUCUUCUUUCACUUUAUUUAAUUUAAAACGUACACACGAUUACCGCAAUCUCUCUGGCUUUUUGGGCAUAAGAUACAUAACUGUGAAAAUACAAAAAAAAAAAA